AUGGGACGUAAAAUACUAUGUUCAAAAACCGUAUGUGCAUCUAAGACGAGUGUGCAUCCAGCCCGUGCCACAGUGCAUACAGUAUCAAAUUGCACAGAUGGUGCUAGCGACUAUAUUUGUCACUGCAAACCCGGUUACACUGGAAAGAACUGCCUUACUGAAAUCAACGAGUGUUCUAGUUAUCCGUGUCAGUAUGGAAGCACGUGCGUUGAUCUAAUUAAUGGAUACAGGUGUCUGUGCCCUGAUGGUUACACGGGGGAAAAUUGUGACAUCGAGGUUCUGUGUUUUAGAGGAAUUGUUCCUAUCUCUUGUGACGAAUCCUACUACAAUUGCACAGAGGACUGGCAUUUUCAUUCUCCCUGCAACAAUAAGAGCGUGCCUGCUGGCGAUGUAAGGUUUCCACAUCCGUUGUCACAUGACAAGUUCCUCAUGUGUGAUCUUAUGGGAAGAACAUACAUUGUAUACUGUCCACCGAAUCAGGUAUACUUUUGAUA